AUGGGCAUUUUCUCUCACCACGCUGCCGACGAUGUGACCGUCACGGCCACCUUCCCCGAGUCCAACACCUUCGGCCAACUGGUCAACGGCCAGAGGAACGACCUCUUCAUCCACCUUGCCAACAACGGGAAGAAGAACUAUACCCUCGUUUCUGCCGGUGCGAGCUACCACGACCCUCUGCGGAACUGGGCUUUGGUCAAGAAUCAGACAAUCACUCGGUUCGGCGUCCCUCUUGUGUCCGGAUCCAACUACUCUGCGCCUUUCAACGUCUACUCCGAACACCGCCCCUCCGAAGUCGGUCUCACCGUCUGGGUCAACCUCGCCGACGGCACAACCAAGGAGAUUCUUCCCAUCACCGCCUUCAACCAGACGGUCUCGGUUGUCGAGCCCCCUCUGAGCUGGAUCGACCCGUCCCUGCUCCUCGUCUACUCGCUCCUUCUCGCUGCACUCGGUGCCGGCGCAUGGCUCGCCUACAACUCGUUCAUGGGCAACCAGGCCGGCAAGAAGGGGUCCAAGCGGACCGUCAAGCGCGCAGUGGUCGUUGCGAAGCAGGAAAACCAGGUGUAUCCCGACGUCAAGCCGUAUGAGGAGGAAUGGAUCCCGGCGCACCACCUCAAGAGCGGGGGCAGCAAGUUGAAGAAGCGGGGUGGGAAGGGUGUGCCCGGGGCUAGCUCGGGCGCGGAGGAGUUGACGAGUGGCGGAGAGGUGACGAGUGGGGCGGAGACGAGCGGUGCUGAGGGCAGGAAGGUCAAGGGGAAGAAGGGGAAGAAGGCAUAG